AUGGUGGAGAAGAGGGUCUUGUCGGAUCACUGCCCUGUUUGGCUUAAAUCAGGUGGUAGUGAUUGGGGACCUAAACAUUUUAGGUUUAAUAUUGGAUGGUAUGAACAUGAAGAUUUUUCCUCUUUUGUGUCAAAGGAGUGGAGUUUGUUGUCAGAUAAAGGAAGGGGUGACUAUGUCCUGUAUGAAAAACUUAGAAGGCUCAAGCUGUCUUUAAAGGUGAGGAAUAAAGAGGUCUAUGGCUGGCAAGACUUGAAGAUCGAGGAAAAUAUUGAUGAACAAAACGACUUGGACAAAUUCCUGAUAUCAAAUGUUGAUGAUGAUAUUUCAGAGGCAGUUGAGGCAAGAAGAAAAGUUGCAGAUGAGAUAUGGAAGAAAAUGGAGAUGAAAGAAAGUAUGCUUAGAAUGAAGUCGGGUAAGAAUUGGUUGAAGGAAGGUGGUUGUAACUCGAAGUUUUUCCACAAUUCAUUAAAGGAGAGAGUCUGUAGGAAUUCCUUUAGUUUGUUGGAAACUCCUACUGGUAUCAUUUAUGGUGUUAUGGAAAUCAAGACUUUCAUUAGACAUCAUUAUGAGGACAGUUUCAAGGAGCCUUGUAGAGCGCGUCCUACCCCUAAAGGCAUCAGUUUUAACAGGCUUGAGGAAGAAGUGGCUUAUAGUUUGGAGCGACCUUUUGAGUAA